CAUCCAUGUUUAUUGUAGGUGUCGCUGCACGUAGCUGCCUCGCAGAAACGACUGUCAGAGCUGUCUGCAGACGCCGUCACUUUUGGAAAUGUUUUAUCAGAAAUUUCUCUCUCUUUUUCGUCUGCCAAACAAAUGUGAUGGGUUCUUAACACCACCAGGAUGAUAAUACAACGGUGAAUUUCAGAUGAGACAACGGAGAUAAGUGCAAAAGGACUAAAUGAUACUUUAAUCAACGCGCAAAAUGCUCUCGUCUGGUCGGCAACUAGAAAAGUUUUUGCCCUGGCUCGUCCUUUGAUUUCAUUCAGCAAGUUUGGAUCGACAAAAUGUAGCGGUUCACGCCUUCAGCUCCAUCCAUCAUAUUUCCUUUACCAUGGUGCGCUCAGACAUAGGAAUGACAGUGUUUCCAGGAGCCUUACAUUAUUAUUGUUGUGGUGUUAUGUAGCAGAGCACAACCACCUAACUCCACCCUCACCAGCAUUUAUCCUGCAGCUUUUUCUUCUCCUUGCUCCAUGAGUGGAUUGUUCUGAUUAGCAGAAAGGUUUCCUGCAAUUUGCCAGUCUGUUGGGGACUCUGCUGUUGUAGGUACACCAGGAGCAGUAAUUAAUGAAUGCAGCUGGAAAACAUGUAUAGCAUAUGUGAAAAGGACAGCUAUAUCAGGAAGUGGCAACAUGUGCAGCUACAACAAACUACAGAGCACAUGAAAGCCAGUGUCAGGGCAUUUAAAUGCUACUAUUGUGUGAAACUUGAUACUCAUUUGAAAACUGUUAAUCACAAUGAUGUGUCACUCUGGUUGUGAAUCAAAUGCUGGAGGACUCAAAUACUGGCAAGUGUUGGGUCAGUGAUGGUGCAAACAGUUAAAAAGUUUAUUUUUGUAAAAAGCUGUGAUUGUGAGUAUUGUGAGACAGGACUUUGGAGAUUUCAAAACUGAUAUAACAGACUUGACAGUGUUGGUCUUCGCAACAUUCCAGUUUCAUCCAAUGUUACUUUAUUCAUUGUUAAUUUUUUUUUUUAUCCAGAAACAAACUGCUGUCUUGUUUUAAUUUGUGAUCUAUUCAGACUAAAUUGUUUUGUGUAAUAUAUACUUUGAAAGAGUUGUUAUUCUUCAGGUACUUACAAGUGAUAGUUACAGUUACUGAUUUUUUUUAAAUGUUAACAUUCCUAAGUUUCUGAAUGAACAAGUUAUGUGCUGAAGAGCAGUAUUCCAGACUUUAUGUUAAUUGGAGUCUUUCUUUUUUUAUUCAACCUGUGGGAGAGUUGUGUUUCUGAUUUUGUUUAAUAACACCUGUGAGAACAAGGUCACUUUUAAAAUUCAGCCUAUAUAUAAAGGUGAAGAUUUCACCUAUUUACCAAGCUGAAAGUGUAGCUGGAGGAAAUUCUGUUCUCAUCUGUGCUGAAGAUGUGAUUAUAUUGGAAGAGAAAUGCUCUCUUUUUGAGAGUAGAUCAUGAUUGUGAAUAAGAAACCAAUGUCAACAUCUCUGAGCAAGAAGGAAUCAAAAACAGUUUUUGAGUAUGCUCAAGAAAUGGAUUAAGUGGACAUGUGUUAGCUGUGCUAGUACUGUUGCUGCAACAGCAUGGGGAUGUUGACAUUUCCCACCUUAUGUGGGGUGAUUAUCUAUGCUAUAUUUGUGCAAGCCAGUGCUUCCUGCAUCACAAAUGAACCUUGCAAACUACAUCACUAUUUUUACCACAAUGGCCAUGAGCUUCCACUUGUGCUGGAAAAUAGCAACAGAGAUUCCCAUCAAGUGGCCAACCACAUCUUGAAGAUAAUCCUGGAAGACAUCUUGUGCUACCAUAGUAUAGACAUCAGGCAUCAGAGUUACUAUGACAACGUCAAUGCCUCUGCUGCAUUGGACAGGAUUACAGGCUGCUCCCCUGCUAAAUGCAAGGGAAUGAGCAUGGAUUCUGUGCCAGAAACCAUGAUCAACUUGGAGUCAUGGAUGGUUGCAGGCUUUGACAAAGCCCCCUGGGUGGAUACUAAACGUUUAAUUGAUGCAGGACCUUUGGGGCCGUAUGGACGAAUGGGCUGGUUCUUGUCAUCAUCAUGUGUUGAGGAGAUGUGGGCACAAGGGGUCAUGGUGGAUCACUGGCGGGCUUUGCUAAACUCAACAGUGGCUCGCAGUUUUUCUUGGUGGGGGAACCCAGAGCUGCUUCAAGUGUGCCCCCACUACAAUGUCACAGCCUACAAAAGUUCUCGCUGUACCAAAAGCAGGAGGAACUGUGCCACUCUGUUCUCAAGCUUCAAAGGUCUUGAUGCAGGCAUGCUACAGCAGCAAAUUGAGACUCUCGGCUUGCCUGUGGACAUUGUCUGGCUUGACACUUUGUUAGAGGACUUUGUCUUGAAUCAGACUUCAGCUGGGAAGCACAUUCUUUUCUUCAGCUGGGUGCCUAGUAGGCUGACCCUUGUGGGUAAUUUCACAAGAAUUAACUUUCCUGAGCAUUACCAUGAAGGGUAUUAUGAGAGUGUCAAGCAGAGAAUCUACUCCACCACUGAGUUCCAGGUUAACCAGUUUUCCAAGGUCACCUGGUACAGAGUAAAAGCUGGAGCGCCUGAAGCAUUCCAAGUGAUUAGCAGGAUGAACUUUCCACAACAGGUGUAUUAUGACUUUCUCCAGGAGGUGACCCACAAUCCCCACCUAAAGCCUGAGGAGACAGCAUGCAACUGGGUUCAGGAAAACAGAGCAGUCUGGGAGAAGUGGGUGCCUGUAAGCCUCACAAAAAAACCUAAACUCUAUCUUGCUGGGUUGUUUCCCUUGACAGGCGGGUACUGGACUGCUCCAGGACUCGUUGUUGGUGCCAAAUUUGCUAUUGACAUGGUCAACCAGGACAGCUCUGUUCUGCCCACUCAUGAGCUUGAUUUGAUUGUAAAUGAUACUCGAUGCCGUGCAGAUGUAGCAUUAAAUAAUUUCAUCAAACUGAUGCUGAUGCAAGAUCACUCCUUCAAAAUUCUUGGAAUACUAGGCCCAGGCUGUUCUGACGCAGCUGAACCCAUAGCAGCUCUGACUGGUCACUUUCACACGUUGAUGGUGAGCUAUGGUGCCGAGGCAUCAUCUCUUGCUGACCGAGCAAAAUACCCAUACUUCUUCAGAACCAUUCCACAAGUAAAUCACUACAGGUUUGUGUAUGCCGAAUUCUUCAAGGCCAUGGGGUGGACACAGGUUGGGGCUCUUGCAGAAGGUGGCCAGGAGUUACCAGAAUAUCAUCUGCAACUUCAGGAAUACCUUCAGGAGCAGGGUGUAUCUGUUCUUGUGAAGCGCAAGCUAGUGCGUAAUCCUGAACAGCUGGACCUGUCUGUUAUGUUUAAAGAGAUAAGGGAGCGCAAUGUUCAUGUCAUCAUUGCGGACUUCUAUGACAAUGUGGCUCGAGCUGUCAUGUGUGAAGCCUAUAGACAGAAAAUGACUGCACAUCAGGGAUAUGUGUGGUUUUUGCCAGCUUGGUACCCUAUGGAUUGGUGGGAUGUAGACUUCUACAACAGCCCUACUGCAUCUUCUGACCCUCGACCCCAGGAGUUUGUUCCCUGCACAACCGCGGAAAUGGAGUAUGCCAUUGAAGGCCACUUCAUCAUUGCUAAAAGGAAUACAGAUAAUGAGGAUCUAACAGCAGUGGGAGGCAUCACAAUUAAACAGUUCAAAGAGAUCUACGCAUUGCGUGUGGGGAAAGCUUACGUGGACGAAAGUCCAUUUGCCAGCUUUGUGUAUGAUGCAGUAUGGGUCUUCGCAAAGGGUUUGCACAAUCUGCUGACAGCAAACCCCGCUGCUCUGGACUCACUUGGAGAUGAAAGAAUGGCAAAGGCAUACAUGAAAGCUAUCAAUGAGACACAUUUCCAAGGAGUGUCUGGCUAUAUCCGUUUUGAUGGCAGCGAUCGGUUGGGUUCAAUAUUGAUUCAGCAGUUUUUCCAUAAUGAAACUGUUAAUGUUGCCCUCUACACCCCCCAGGGAACAGACAAGGAAGGUUCUCUUAUCAUAAACCACACUAAAAUUCGAUGGCUGUCUCCACUCGGGGCACAUCCAAGCUUUAUUAAUGCAGGUGGACAUACUUGUGCUGUGGAAGACUUCAGAGCAUUUCUAGGUGUGGAAUGCGAGACAGCUAUUAUUAUUGCUAAUGUCAUGGGCUUUGUUGCCUUUGUCAUCAUCACUAUCAUCUGUUUAGUUCUUCUCAAGUGCAGGUAUGAUGCUAAAGUGAAAGCCACACAUCAACGUAUGAAGGAGUUGGGGCUUCUGUCAUCUGAAUAUUCACACUGCCUAACCCUUGAUGAGUGGGAAAUCCCACGUAAAAAUGUUGUUCUCAAUCGCAAACUUGGUGAGGGAGCUUUUGGCACAGUGUGUGGGGGUGAGAUGCUGGAUGGUGAUCACUGGGUGGCUGUUGCAGUUAAGACCCUCAAAAUACGCCACUCCAUGGAGGAGAAGCUGGAUUUCUUCAGUGAGGUUGGCAUGAUGAAACGAUUCAAGCAUCCUAAUAUUGUUGCUCUUUUAGGAGUUUGUACCCGCACUGAGCCUGUGUAUGCCAUAAUGGAGUUUUUACUGCAUGGUGACCUAAAAACAUACCUGUUGUCACGACGCAGCCUUGUGGAUCAGAAUGUCAAAGAAUCUGAAGAUGUCAAUGCUGAAAGUUUGACUAGAAUGGCCAUUGAUAUUGCCACAGGACUGCAGUACCUACACCAGCUUAAAUAUGUCCACAGAGACCUAGCAUGUAGAAACUGUCUGGUACAUGCCAACAAAACGGUGAAGAUAUCCGACUUUGGAAUGACUCGUCAUAUCUCUGAUUCAGACUACUACAGAUUUACUCGUAAAGGUAUGUUACCGGUCCGGUGGAUGUCACCCGAGAGUCUUGUAGAUGGACUAUUUACAUUCAAAUCUGACAUUUGGUCAUUUGGAGUCGUGGUAUAUGAGAUUGUUACCUUUGGUAGCUUCCCUUACCAAGGUUUAUCCAACACACAAGUACUGGAUUAUGUCAAACAGGGUAACCGUCUCAUCCUGCCUGACAAUUGCCCAGAAGAUUUGCGGUCUUUCAUCCACUGGUGCAUGUUUUAUGACCAGGGUUUCCGUCCUGACCUCGAAGACAUCCUUGACUAUUUGCAUUUCAACCAAAAGUUUCUUGUGCCAUGCUUGGACACACCAAUUGCUAGUGUUGUGAUGGAGGACACAGAUUCCUUGGAAAUGGCCUUAUCACCCGAUCAAGGAACUGUUACUCACUCCACCUUGCCUUCUGGCCUUCUACAGCGUAGGUCUGGCAGCUGGCAAGAUAAAUUGGCUUUAGCUGCCAGAAAGACACUGUCAGUACCCAGCAAGUGUAUUCCAAAGUCGCACACUAGGACACUUCUGUUUGGAUUAGAUCGUGCUCACAGCAACAGCAUGUGUAUGGUACAGUCACCAACAGCCAUGGACUCCCUGCUGCCAACUGAUGACACGGACCUGAGGAUGGGUAACUUAUGUAAUAGACAGCUGUCUUCCAGAGGCACUAGUGAAAUGGGGGACAGUGGAGAGCGUGGUGACAGCGACUACUUCAGUGACAAUUCCAAAGAAGUUUGCCAGACUGUCACAACUGUAUAAGACUGUGCUGCUUUCAACUGUUGAUUGUGGGCAUUUAUGUUCUGUAUGCCAUCAAGAAAGUGUGCUUCAGUGUGACUAAGGAAAGAUUCUUUGUUGUCUUUUACAAUAACAGCUAUAAAAAAGAUCAUCUACAGCUUUAUGGUUGUUGUAUGUGUAAAGUGGAUGCCUGUCAUAAAGCCUUUUCAUUAUUUGUCUGGAUAAUGUGGGCAUUCGUGUGCUGUGUGCCAUUAACCUCUAUCUGUUGUGUGGCUUAUUGAGAAACAUUUGUAAGAGGAAUUUUAUUCACACUGGCCAAGGUGCUUAUCUGCAUCAGUACUGCUAAUUCACAUGCAAUGAGCAGGAUUAUCUUUCACGUCUUUGAAGUGGAGUGUAGACAGUGUUUUUCAGCAUGACUGAGGAUGUUUUCCAUUGAGAAUAACAACAAAAAAAUCAUCUGUAACUUUGCCGUUUUUGUAUAUGUAGAACAAAUAAUCAACAUCAGCCAUAAAGCCAUUUCAUUAUUUAUGUUCAGCGUAGAUGGUUUUGUUUUCACAUAUAGUUAUUCCUUCAUGGGUUCAUUAUGGAUGCGCAUGUUUUUCCAUCAUAAGUGUGUUAUAAACAAGAUCCUUUUUAUUAUUAUUUAAAAAAGGUCCAGUUUUAUUUCAUUAAGGCAAAGAUUGCAAUCCAAACAAGGAAAAUGUGUGCAAUAUAAAUUGUGUUCCUUAAACCCUGACACAGCAUGUUCAGCCAAGAAGUACUGCUUAUUUCCAUUAUCAAGAUCACUGGGGAAGUGGCUUCUUCCUAACAAUGUCCAUCAUGAGUAUCCCAGCCCGGCAGUUUGUGUGCUUAUUAGUGUAUUAGCUUCAUGUUAUCAGAUGUUUAAAAUGGAUCCUUACAUUGUUAAAAUGUUUUUCUGCCUUGUGGCAGUAAAUUGUGCCAUUUUUUGAGAAACCAGGGUUUCACCAGGUUAGAACAAAUGAUGCCAAAAACUGUAUCCUAUAAAGUUUUUUCCUUCUUUAUGACUGCAUUCCUUUUAUUUCAUAGUGAUACAUUAUUGACAUAAUUAGUUGUUAUGCUGCCUCAAAGGUAAAGAAAGGUAUAAGCUAUUUCUGAAGUCACUUUAAGUCAGAUCAUCCAGGAUUUUACUUGUGGUACUUACCAUUUAAAAGUCCCAAGCGUGUUUUUCCUUUUUCUUUUUUGUUUGUUGAGGUUUUUUUCAUUUUUUUGUUGUUAAUGGUAAAGCUGCUUCAGCUACCUUUUGAAGCAUAAAUUGUCACACAUGAAUACAAUUCUCAAGUUUGUUUUAAAAAUCAAACAUUGUGAAGCUCAUAAAAGUCUUAUUUAUUAAGAUUAUUCAAAUAAUGAUGCAGUUUUCCAGAUUUUUACUAUGGUGGGUUUGUCUAAAAGGCUGAAUUGCCACCAUCCGGCAGGAAAGAAUGGAUUUGAUCCCACAAUAUGUGUGUGUGUGGAAGAGAGAGACAAAGGGUAGGGGAUGUUAAAAGUACUUGUCAGACAAGAUGGAAGCAGUGAGUGAAGCAUGACAACAAGGGCAGCCAGAAUUGCAUGUGCUCUUUAUACCUCCCUUCCUCAGGUUGGACCAUUCUUUCCUGCCAUAAGAUAAAAAUUCAACCUUUAAUAACGACGUGAAAGCCAGUUGUGUACAGAUAUUGUUAUGAUAAAUAUCUUAUGGCCCAAGAGAAUGUCACAAAAACACUGUGUAGAAAGGGAAAUAAAAUGUGUCCUGUGAUAAUGUGAUAACAAGAUUAGUUUAUUUCUGGGAUUUGCUACUACAGAAAUAUGAAAAGCUUCAACACUGUUUGCCUCUCAAGUAUAAAUUGUGCAUGCAAACCAGGAGCCUUUUUGAAAACGAAACAGGAAAAAUUUGCAUCCAUUGUAUUUCCUUUCUUGGUAUGAAAUUAAUUUCAUAUAAUAUGAUAUUUUUGGUAGUAUGCAAGCUUUGAAUAUAUUUAUUUGUACCUUGUACUUUUGACAUUCCCCAUCUCAUAUUUCAUAAAGUGUUCUUUAACUAUUUUAUACAAUAUUACCCUAAGUUUGCUGAAUUGGGGCAAUUCCAGGGAAGUAUGUCAAUCUGUCAAUCUGUCAUAACACUCAAGUGAAUGGAUCAUUACGUUCUUCUCUCUCCUCUACCCUUCCACCCGACUAUUUAUAUUUUAUGAAAAAAAGCUUUAAAGUGCUUUUGCAGCUGUCGUUACCACUUGUGGGUGUUUUUACUGCUUAAUAAAAAGCUACAUGGUCACACCAAGCCCAUUUUAUCAACUGACCUGGUAUCGUCCAGUACUGAUAAAUGUUUCUUAUUAUCAAAUUGCCUUUCAUACCAAUAAAUGUUUAUUAUUUAUGACUACUGGUUUUAGAACCAAAAUGUUAGCUAGUAGUGUCAUUGGUUCUUGUUUUCUUCGCAAACAUUUUGACAGGCUAGCAGAUAAUGGUAAAGUUAUGAUUUCCCUUAUCAAUGCCAGCCUGAAGUUAGCUUACAAAUUUGUUGUGAACCCAGUGUCUUAUAUUGCAGUACUUGGUUAUAUUUAAUAUUGUAAAUCAAAACAGCUGUUUGUAAAACAGCCCAUCCCUAGCAUAUCAUGGGAAUGGGUGAAAGGACAGAAAAUCCUGUGGCAGGUGCUGCUAUUGUCUUCCACUCUUGCUGCUACAACUGCUGUUGAAUAUUGUUGUGAUUAGAGGACAGUUACCUCUUUUUAUAUCAUGAUAACCACACACAAAAAUUGCUGAAUCAACCAUCACUACCUACUUUGAAUUCUUGUUUUCCCUUGUACAAUGUCUAAGACAUGGUGCUUAGUGCAUCCAAUGGAGACUCCCAGCUUCCCCUAUUCUUUUUUAAAAUUUUUUUAAUAGGUUUUUAAUUUUUUGCUCAGUCAUCUCAUGAAGUUUUGCUGAAUAAUUGUUAAAGGAGAAUUGUACCUGGCAUGGUUGACAUGUCCCAGUGUUGUUGGGUUUUCGUACACAUUCUUAUCUGCCCUGUUACCAAAGCUGGUAUCUGUGAUAAAAUUAAGGAGCGUGGUGUAUAUGUUAUCACUGAAGCAUGGUAUUCACCAUUAUGGCCACUUUUCACUAAACUGGCUUUCUUCAAAGUAGUCUAUCAUGUUUGGUAUACAUUCCUAAGUUACAACCAGAUGCAAAUCUGGCUAGUUUCUAUUUUUGUUUGUCUUGGAUUGCCAGUUCUACAAGCAAAACCUUCUGCUGUUGAGUUGUGUAAGGCUAUGACUUCAGAGAUCAUAAACCUGCCUGCAAGAGAAAAAAAAAACAACUUUCAUUAGCAAAUUAAUGAUUUGAAAUGGCUUAUGGUCAUACAUCAGUAGCCUGACAUGAUUUAUGAGUUUGUGCUUUGUGGCACAGAUUUUGAGUUCUGUCACUUAAACUGCCUAUGCAGACUCCUGGAUUUGGCAUCAUCUAUUGUAUUUACUGUGUAAACAGUUACCUUUGCAAUGUUUUGUUCAUUGAUAUGGUUCAUGUUUAUAUUUUGCCAAGUAAGCUUGUUAGCAGUACUCUGUGUAUGUGUGUGUGUGCUUACGUAUUAUAGUGUAUUGUCAUUCAUGAAAUGUCCCUCUCUCCUUAUUCAUUUUAUUCCAUGUAUACUUUUUAAACAUCAGAUAAUUGAUUAUAAGGGCUGACCAAGAACAAGCAACAAAUCAAGUAAUGCCCUCCAUAGGACUGGCAUCAUGUGAAUAACAUCACUACAUCAUUUCUUUCAGAUGUGCAUGGGGAGAAAGGCUUUGAUGUUUUAAAAAAAAGUAGUAACAACAAAUAUUGUGAGAAUGUUUGAUGUGACAAGAAGUAGCUCCACAAACUGUAAAAAUAAGUGCACUUUCUAGGAAGAAAGGUGAAAUACUGUGCCAUAAAAAUAUAAUCCCUGUCACAAAAAUUUUAGGCUAUUUUCAGUAUCUUCUGUGUAUGGUGUGUGUGUGUGUGGGGUAUAUAUGUGUAUUCAUGUAAUGCCACUGUUCUUUAAACUUCUAUACUGUAGUUCUAAAGAUUUUCUAUUCAGGUAUGGAGACUUGUUAUAAUAUUUCUGCAUUUCUGCAGCAGCAAGAGAUGCACUCUGUUGUAUUAUUUCUUAACAUGCUAUACAAACUGAAUAUGAUUUGGGGGCAGAUUUGAAGUACGAAUUCAGUUAUGUUCAUUGUUCAUACCAGUUUGGUUAUCCAAUAUAUAUCAUCUACUUAAACCAAACCUUUCCCACUAUGAAGCUGCUUAUAUCUGGGGUUCAUGGGAUGAAAUCUUUAUGAGUGGCACAUUAAUGACCACCCCCUAAGCACAAAUGUUAGAUUUGUACUGCCCACAAGCCAGUUCUUUGGGUUUUGGGUAGGGGAACACUUGGCAUCGUUCCUCUGCUAAAUUGGUAAAAAUAAAGUAACGAUUUCCCUGGCCUUGUAUUCUUGACAGAAGAUAACUAUGUGACUUCUUAUCUCCUAAUGUGUUGUGGAUUGUGUGUGUAGGAGACCAGCAUUUAGCACAAAUCUGUAACUUAUGUGGCAUUCUGUGCAUUGUAUUAAUCUUACCACCCAGCUACAUGAAAUUGGAAACUUUCCUUCCUUGGAAAGCAGUUGUGAAGUUGCCUUUUCGUUAUGUUUAAAUAAUAAACAUCGGUUUCUGUAUUUGUCAUUUACAUUUGUUCUACAUUUGAAAGGUGAUUGUUGCUGCAUCAAUCAGAACAGACCCAAUAAAAUAAAAUGUGAGAUUAUUUA